AUGGACCCAGAGUACAUGUCUUUCUCUCCUCACAAGGAUCCUCAGUGUCCAGUGCGGUGUGCCCUGAACAAAAAACUCACUGCUGGACUCCGCCACAGGGCCCACAAGACCUCAGGACCCAAGACCUCAGGACCAGACCUCAGGACUCCAAGACUCUUGGCCCAAGACCUCAGUUCCCAAGACCUCAGGGCCCAAGACUCAGGGCCCAAGACUCAGGGACCAAGAGACCUCAGAGCCAAGGACCUCAGGCCCAAGACCUCUAGGACCAAAGACCUCAGGGCCCAAGACCUCAGGCCAAGACCUCAGGGCACUAAGAACCGCAGGGCCAAGACCUCAGGGCCCAAGACCUCAGGGCCCAAGACUCUGGGCACCAAGAAUACGGGGUCCUCAAGCCCAUAA